GUUAGUGAGUCUGAGAAGGGGACUACAUCUCCCAGAAGCCCCCAGGGCAGAGUUCCCUGCUCCAGCUGGCCCAAGGCCGGCCUUGUUCUCUGCGCUAAGGUGGUGGGGUCUCCGGGCUGCCACUAAGCCCUUCUCGCAGUGCUCCGAGAGUGCCAGCUUGGUUGAAGACCUAGGAAUAUCCUCUGGUGACCCUAGAGGAGUCCCCCGCUUCCUAAACAGCCUGGGGUGCGAGCUAGAACGCAAGAGACAAUCAGACUGCGCUUCCCCUCCCCAAUUUAAACUGGAUCUCGCUUGGCGCGCUCCAGCUGGCCUGGCAUGACUUUAGCCCUCUGCCCCAAACCAACCCUCACCUCGCACCGGUCGGGGGUCCUCACGCCAGGCCGGAGCUAGACGCCAUAACCAGGUCAGGGUCGUUGGGUGGACUGGAAUCCUCCAGCAGGACGGUGGAAACGCGGAGAAGGCGGGCAGGCGGUGGUCUUUUUGAUCCUGGACGCCUUGAUCUUAAUACCAGCCCGGCCCGCGAGCAGGUAUCCGGGAGGCGCUGCUUGCCUGGGUUCCUGCCUUCCAACCGCGGAGCAUGGUUCUGGGCGCCGGCAGCAGCGGGAGAGCUAGCGCACCGCCGUGCCGGGGCUCCGGGCUGGGGUCUCGGCCCAAACCUCCCGGCUCCGGCUGCUGCCGCUCCUGCUCCUCCUCCUCCCUUCCUUCCUUCCUUCCUUCCUUCCUUCGCCUCCUCCUUUCACUUUCCCCGAGGCCCGCGGGGACGGCGGGCGCGGGGCGGGGAGGGGGCUGUCUAGGCGCUUAUUGUUGGUCGGAUGCCGAGGGUCCAGAUCGCAGCCCCCGGGCGGCGCGGCGCCAGGGGACCCAGGCGUGCGGGCGUCCGGCCGGCUGGCUCCGGGCGGCGGCGGUGCUGCAGCGGCCCCGGAUCCGGGGCAUGUCCGGCCACUGGCUCCGCCGCGCGCCGCCGCCUCCCCGGGAUCCCCUGCGCUGCCGGAGCCUCGCUCGCCCCUCCACUCGGCUCCUCUCCCCAGCCUGAAUAAGCAUCGGGGCUCUCUGGCUGCCUCCUUCUGCCUUCAUACCAGAGCCGGGAGAGGCCCCUGUCAAAAUAAGAGCUCCCCCAUCUCGCCCGACUCCUCGCCCAACCCGGCUCCCCCAGCCUCCCAGUGGUCUGACUCGGUAAGGCGCCCGACCGGCUAGCAGGAGGCAGUUGGCCCUGGGCGGGGAAGGGGCCUUCGAGCCACCCUCCCCCUUUCCUAAGGACUAGGGAGGAGUAGCACCCACAGCAUCGCAGGCUAGAGAGAGAGCUGACAAACCUACCGUGCUAUCUGCACGGAUUGGAAAGAGUGGGAGUCUCCUGGACACACACACACACACACACACACACACACACACACACACACACACGUCUAGCUUCUUGCUUUAUUGUACCCACCUACAUCCAUUCUGCACCGAGAGCAUUCCCCCCUCCCACUGAAGACAGACUGAUUUUUUUUUUCAAUUAAACCUUCAACAGUGCAAAUUGGAUGCUAAGAAAACGUUUGAGGAAGUGAAACCUUUGUCUUCUCAAACUCUCCCUCACCUCAAAAGGCUUCACACACACAUUCACAGCACACACACAAACACCCUCCUAUGGGAUAUCAGACCCAUGGAAGAAAAAAAAUUCUAAGCAGUUUUUAAAAGCAUCGCAUAUAUUAUCCCCAUGGUUACCACGGGCUUACAAGGAAGGGUUAUAGCCCCAUUACAUAAAUGAGAAAAGUGAGGCUUGUGUGACUUAAGGAACUACCCAGUUGCACAACUAGAAUUGUGAACCUAGGACUAGAAUUCAAGUCUUCUUAUCCCAGGACACUUUUCUUCUAUCUCACUGCCCCUUCACCUAGAAUGAGAUCAACCAGUGCCGAGCACUGAGGGCUCCAGAAAGAAAAGACACCAGUAAACUGUGUCACAUCAGUGCCACCCACCAGGGUACUGACUCCCGUAUUUUGUCUUUUCUCCUGUCUUCACAUCUGGCUGGCACAAGAUUCAGGACUCAGAACAUAACUUCCAGUCUCCCUGUGUUCCUUGCAGGAAUGAUGCAAGUGUUGGCCAGGUUCACAGUAGGGCUUCAGGGAAUGUUGACUGAAUGAGUGGAUGAGGCCAGGAGCUGAGCACUGGGCAAGAUCUGGGCGGUCCAGAUAGGGGGCAUGGGCAUAAGCCCUGAAUGAAGAAGACCUCAGCAUGACAGGAAGUGUAUAGGCCGGAGGAUCAGGGGUUCAAGAUCAUCUUCAGCUAUGUAUGAAGCCUGAGCUCAACCCCGGGCAAAUAUGAGUUUCUAUCUAAAGUAAUAAUAGAUAAAAAUGAACAAAAGCCUUGAAAGUGGAGAGAACAUGACUCCGUAACUUGUGUGUAUGAUAAUAUGACUUACACAGCAAUUUCAUGAGAAAUUCCAAAUGACCAUGUUUUAGGGUUGACUUUUGAUUGAUUGAUUGUUUGUUUGUUUGUAGA